UUUUUUAUCUUUUUUUUUUUUUUUUGUAGUACGCAUUUGGUUCACUUUAUCGUAUUUAUCCCAUCUCUUUCAGUAAACAUGUCUGCCACUGAUCGUUUGAAUACCAUUAAGGGUCACUUGUCUGGUAAUUAUCCUCAAGGUUUAUUGGCUGGUGAAGUUGCUAUUAUCACAGGUUCUGGACAAGGUAUUGGUAAAAGCUGUGCUGAAGUCUUUGCUCGUGAAGGUGCAUUCGUUGUUGUUACCGAUAUUGAUGCCUCUAAAUCGGAUCAAGUGGCUGCUGAUAUCAACGCUGCCGGUGGUAAGGCUAUUUCCAUUCCCGGUGAUGUUCUUGACGCCAGUUUCCCCGAACGUUUAGUGGAAGAGACUGUCAAGGCCUUUGGCAAGAUCAACCAUAUUGUCAACAAUGCUGGUUUUACUUACGAUGGUAUGCUUCAUAAGAUCUCGGAUAAGCAAUGGGAUGUCAUGCUUGCUGUCCACAACACUGCUCCUUUCAGAAUUGUUCGUGCUGCUGCCAAGUAUCUUCGCAAGAAGGAUGGGCAAAACAAAUCCAUCGUCAACGUCUCCUCCACCUCGGGUCUUCACGGUAACGUCGGUCAAGCCAACUAUGCUACUGCUAAAGCUGGUAUUGUGGGUUUAACCAAGACCAUUGCUAAAGAAUGGGGUAUGUUUGGCGUUCGUUGCAACACGGUUGCUUUCGGUUGGGUCGACACUCGUUUGACUCGUGCCAAGGAGGCUGGUGCUACUAUUGAGGUCGACGGUCAAAAGGUCGCUCUUGGUAUCCCUACUGGUAACAAGUCGGGUGCUAGACCUAAUCCUUUUGCUGACAUUCCUUUGGGUCGUGCUGGUACCGCUGAUGAAGUCGCUGGCUCUGUCUUGACUCUCUGUACUCCUUUGACAAGCUACGUUACCGGUCAUACUCUUGAAGUGACUGGUGGUCGCGGUAUCUAAAUCGCAUCUUAUUCUAUCCAACCUCUCUGUUUUGUUCUUCUUUAUUUAUUCCCAUCUGAUUGACCAACCCUACCCACCCUUUGUACAGUUUUCUGAAAAAUAAUAAUAAAGCAAAUGAUACAGCUACCCAAAAAAAAAAAGAAAAAAAAAAAAA